AUGGCGGCUUUUUGGUACACCCUCUCGUUCUUAUCCCUGGUAUCUGCCUCAACGGUCAACUUGGGGUAUACUAGCUAUGAGGGGUCUACGGUAUCUGGAGUCACACAGUGGCUUGGCAUGCGUUUUGCUGCUCCUCCCGUAGGAGCUUUACGCUUUGCAGCGCCGCAAGAUCCUUUGCCCGUCGAGGGAAUACAAAAGGCAACGGAGCAUGGAUCUGUGUGCAUCCCCACGGCAGCGGCAGAAGGCCUAGCUGUCCCUGAUGGAACAUCUGAGGAUUGCCUGUUUGUAGACGUCUAUGCACCCUCGGGUGCUGCCGGCACAAAGAAACUCCCUGUCUACUUCUACAUACAGGGAGGGGGCUUUGCGAAGAACUCCAAUGCUAAUUAUAACGGCGCUGGCUUGAUCAAGGCAUCGGGGGAUAACAUUGUGGUAGUCACUUUCAACUACCGGGUGGGACCCUACGGCUUUCUUGCUAGUGAGGAGGUUGAGUCUCGUGCAAGCUUGAAUAAUGGACUAAAAGAUCAACGCAAGGCACUUCAGUGGGUUCACAAGCACAUCAGCAAGGCAAGUCGAUUCGGCGGAAAUCCAGAUCAUGUAGUUAUUGGCGGCAGCAGUGCAGGUGCCGCCUCGGUGACUCUGAUGCUAUCAGCAUAUGGAGGCAGGGAUGAUGGUCUCUUUGUUGGAGCAGCUGCAGAGUCCCAAAGCUUCGCCACAAUGCUGAAUGUUACCCAAAGUCAAUUUGCAUACAACGGCCUGGUAGCUGCAACUGGGUGCACCAGCAGCCCAGAUACACUAGCGUGUCUACGAAACCUGGAUGUCAGUCUACUACAACAGAAGAAUAUCAACAGACCAUACCCAGGAAUGGAGACUGCACCGCUAUACCUCUACAGCCCAACCAUUGAUGAAGACCUCGUGCCCGAUCAUACUUACACACUCUUCCACGAAGGCAAGUUCAUCAAAGUGCCAGUAAUAUUCGGCGAUGACACGAACGAAGGCACCAAGUUCGUUACAAAGAGUGUCGACAGCGUCGAAGCAGCAGAUGAUUUCCUCCACAAUCAAUUCCCAUUCAUGACCCCGGCUCAAACAUCCAGGAUCAACAGCAUAUAUCUCACACCAGAUCAAACAGAGUCAUUCCCCGACGCAGGUGCCUACUGGCGCCCUGCAAGUACAGCCUACGGCGAGAUUCGGUACAUCUGUCCUGGAAUCGACAUGUCAUCCAUAUAUGCCAAGGCAGGCCUACCGAGCUGGAAUUACCACUACGCUGUACAAGAUCCCACCAAUGAAACCUCCGGAGAGGGUACUUAUCAUACAGUCGAGCUGAGUGCCAUCUGGGGCCCAGAGAACUCUGGCCACAACGCGCCGGCUUCUUACUACACCACCAACGCGGCUAUUAUCCCGCUGGUGCAGGCUUACUGGACUAGUUUUAUUGUAUCAUUGGAUCCCAAUGCCCGCCGCCUUCAGUCGAGUCCAGAAUGGCAAACUUGGGGCCAGGAUGGCGGGUCUCGGCGCAUUUUUAUUAGGACGGGUGAGACUCGAAUGGAAUCUGUUUCGGAGGAACAGAAGGCUCGUUGUCGGUAUUUGCUUUCUAUUGAAGGAUCGAAAGCUACCACUCCUGUGUUUUUGAUACCAACUUUUCUGCUCUCGAUCGAUUCUACUGUACACACCGACGCUGCUACCCUCUGGUCUAUUAUAUUGGCAGUGAGAAACCUCAUGGCAUUUGACAUCAAUCUACCAUAUGCGCGGCAUUUAAAAGUCAGAUACCGGUAUAUUGCUUUAUUCAAGGGGGAAUUUUAUUGUGUUUGUUUCCAAUUUCCAAGGAAGGUUGCUUGCUUUGGUUACCUAGAUGUUUGCACGGUUUGCCUUAUGACCAGUACUAUAUCCAGUACCUACAAGCUGCAUCACUGCAUGUCUCCAUCGAUCCACAAAGGGAGCAAGAUUGCCGACCAUGCAGCAGUUCAAUGCCAGCUCGAACUGUACGGCCUUGAUCGCGUUGGGGUCAAAAUUGGCAAUAUGAAUGCUCACGCCGGGAACUUUACGGCCCUUUGUGCCCCAAAUUGCCUUCCGGACAGACUCGCCAUAGUAGCCUAUGCCAUGGAAUACGCUUUCUGUCGUGGUGGUAUGUUUUCGAGCCUCCUACAUUAUUUCCAUCACUCAAAUAUUGAAAUAGAUGACUUGGAUGAUGCUCCUGGCGAAUACUCCGCACUAAAUGAUAGUGGACUGUUUGUCCAGAGAUUAACUCAGGGUGGCAGUUCUCCUGUGUACAGCAAACCGUCAGAGCCCGCACGACGCAAGGCUGAUGUCCAAGCUAAGAUAGCAGCCGAGUUCCUCCGUCUCGAUCGAGUCUUUGGUUCCUGGUUUCUUUCACGCUGGGAGGAUUUUUUGCAAUCAACCGACUAG